ACAUAGAUUGAAUGCUGGACUCAUACACUCUUUGAUUGAACUAUAAUUUCUUCUAGAAGCGCAAUCCAGUUGUUUUAAUGUCAGUAAUACAUGACCAUUUGACAUUUGGUAUAUCGGCAGAGUUGGGAUUGCAGGUGUUUUUGUUGUGUUUUUAAUUGAAAUUGGAUUUGAAAUCGCCGAUUUGAUUAGUAGAGGACUAAAAGAACUCAUAUAGACUAUAAGUUCUUUAAAAGUAGCAUUCCACCAAUAAAAAUAAUGGCUGAAUGUAGCAACGGUGAAUUGAGUGAUGAAGACAUUAUCAUCAAUGAUCAGGAUGGUCUUCCAAAUGUACAUCCCAAUUUAAUAAGUGAAGCAGAAAUUGAUAGUCCAGAACAACAUUCUGAUGAUGAAUUUGAAGAUCUGCCUUCUUCUCUUAUUGUUACAAAUAUACAUGAUUCGGUUUUCAUCACUCCUGAUAAGAAGAGAGAUUUAGAAGAUUUAUUCAAAAAAUAUGAUCCCAACGUAACCUUUCAAUGGUUGCGAAGUUUUCGAAGACUCCGUGUCAAUUUUAAAACUCCAUUUGCGGCCGCUAGUGCAAGAAUCGAAUUGCAUCAAUAUAAAAUUAAUGAAUCAGUGAUAACUUGUUAUUUUGCUCAGCCAGUUACGCCUGUAAAAAAUCCUAAUUUACAACCACCAGCUCCUUACAAACAAUUUCUUAUCUCACCACCAGCAUCACCACCAUUAGAUUGGGAACCACGUGUAGAAGGAGAGCCUAUUAUUAACCAUGACUUAUUAGCCGCUAUAGCUACACUUUCACCAGGGGCUACACAUGAAUUACAUCCUUCAUCUCCUGGUCAACCGUCUAUAGUUGUACAUACAGCAUUAGGGGCACCUAAUACUGGGACAAAACCUAGAAUUAUGCAUACAGCUGCACCAGAUCGAACUUAGGAUGAAAUGUUCUGAACAGAGAUUAACGAAAUUCACGGAAGACUGUAAAGCUGCUACAUUAAAGAUUUGGUAUCACACUAGUUAAGUUAUCUGUACUUAAAAGUUACCAUUUAUUGAAAUUAAUGUAGGAUUUUGUGUAGAGUUUCCGUUCCGAAAUUACCUUGUUACAAAUCGUGAAAUUUCCUCUUUUCUGAGUGUUUAUAUGUAUAAAAGAGAAUCUGUGGAUAACGAUGUAAAUAAAUAAAGUUAAUUAGUUGUUAAAUAAAA